AAGGGUGAAAUCAACUUCACCUACAACCAAUCACUCUUCUGCUUCCCCAAGGACCACUAACAUAUUUCAGGUAAAAUUUUAAGUGACUAAGAAACUGACACUCAAAUAUGUUAUCUGCGUAUUUGCAACUCACCUCAUUCUAAAAAAAAAAAAAACUAUGAAACAAACAAAUAGUUUUUGUGUUGAAACUACAACACUGAGCUAGACAAAAAAUAUAUAUAUAGUAUUAAAAGGCCAUAAAUAAUUUAAAGACAACAUCGAUAUGACUUAGAUGAAGGGAAGAUUGCCACCAUCAACAACCAAGACUAAAGUCUAAUAAAGAAUGGGACCAGAAAGGUCAAAUGACGUGUCCUUUCUAUUGUAAUUUAUUUUUUGAGAUCUUUUUGGAACUAAGGAUUGAACCCAGAGAGGCUUUACCUCGGAGCCACGACAACCCCCGCCCUUUUUUUUUUUUUCCCCCGAGACAAGGUCUCAUGAAAUUGCAGAGGCUGGCUUUUAACUUACUGAUUUCUGAAAGGCUUUCGGGGCUUCUGGCGUCCUUUAGUCAUGGAAAAUCGACUGCUAAAGGACCAAAAGGAUCCGCAAACUCCUGCUCCAUCCUCUGGCAGAGACUGCCGACAGUCGGCUCCGACAGCGCGCCUCCCGACACCUCCCCGGCGCGCCGCGACGGGAACGCGUCCACCAGCCAGGCCGCGCAGUCAGGGGUGUCCCGCGCAGCUUUACCCGAGACAGGGACCGGGAAGCAGGCCUUUCCCGUCAACCCUAACGCUAGUCCUCCGUAGAAGCCGCCGACAAGUAGAAGGCAAAUUCCCGGACCAAGGAAUAAUCCCACUUAAUCAAUUGACCAAGUUCUUGGCGCCAAACAGCCAUCAGAGUCCGUCCCCUACCGGAACUAUACGAACGUAAUUCAUAAUCAUCCGCCUCAUUAAAUAGUCCUCCCAGAACACCCACGACACACACUUUCCCGGAUCAAGAGACCUCUAGAAGACAUGAAAUAAUAAUAAUAAUAAUAAAUAAAUGAGCCUAAGAGAUGCACUUCCUUCCCGCUCGAAUAGAAACGUGAUAUCCCUAAUGUUUUCCACCAGAGAUUCCUCCGCCAGAAGUUAUAUUCCUGCGCUUUCACUUCCGGGUCCGCCAUUUUGUUGCCUCCAUUUCUCCACGAGGGGGGGGUAAGGGCCCCCAAAAUAUGCAUACAUGAAAAGGCCAAAAAGUAACCGUCACUGACAGGGAGUCUUAGCUUCUGAAGGAAAUGGGGCCAAACUGGAGGGCUCGCUGAAAGUGGAGCCGACAGCGUCCCGGACGAGGAGCCUUUCCUCCGGCCUCACGAUUCCUGAGCCGUCUCCCACUCCUCUCCUAAAGGCCUCUCCUCCCCUCUGCUCCUCUUUCUAUCACGGGGAAGGACGUGCUGUGGCGACCGUCGACGACGUCAUGCUUCUGGCCUCCCGGGACGCGUUGCGUCGCCGCGUCCGACCGCCCAGCCCUGCUCCUAAGCGUCUGUUCCCCACCUGCCUUGCUAGCGACGAGGAGCGGACGCCCGCCCGGUACUUCUGAAAACCAAAGUGAUUACCUGAUCCUAGAGUGCUUCCGAGAGCGCCGGCAGCGCAGGGCUCCGCGAGUCUAUUGAGAAGACCGAGGGGGUCCCCAGUGCUGAGGAGGCAAGCUCGGGCUGCGAACACCCCAGCUCCGUGGGAAUGAAGCCGGAGCCUCUUAGCAGGGCGCAGCUGAAGUCAGGCCUUAAGCAAUCCCAGAGACCCUGUCUCAAAAUAAAAAGUGCACUCCUGCAAUCCCAGCACCGCGAGGCCGAGCUUGGAACAUCACCCCUCCACCUUGCAGCCCAGUACGGUCAUUAUUCCACAGCAGAAGUGCUCCUUCGAGCAGGCGUUAGCAGGGAUGCCAGGACCAAAGUGGACAGGACCCCUUUGCACAUGGCGGCAGCUGAUGGACAUGCGCACAUCGUGGAACUGCUUGUUAGGAAUGGAGCAGAUGUGAAUGCCAAGGACAUGCUGAAGAUGACAGCUUUGCAUUGGGCCACAGAGCACCACCAUCGAGAUGUGGUAGAGUUACUUAUCAAAUAUGGAGCUGAUGUCCAUGCUUUCAGCAAAUUCGAUAAAUCUGCCUUUGACAUAGCCCUGGAGAAGAACAAUGCUGAGAUUUUGGUCAUCCUUCAGGAAGCAAUGCAGAAUCAGGGGAAUGCUCAUCCCGAGAGAGCAGACUCUGUGCCUAACCCUGUGACUGUGGCUGCCCCAUUCAUCUUCACCUCAGGAGAGGUUGUUAACCUUGCUAGCCUUGUUUCUUCAACCAACUCCAAAACAACCUCAGGUGACCCCCAUGCCUCAACAGUACAAUUCUCAAAUUCCACCACCUCAGUGCUGGCCACCCUUGCAGCCCUUGCUGAGGCAUCAGCCCCCCUCUCCAAUUCACACAGAGCCACAGCCAAUUCAGAGGAAAUCGUGCAGGGAAAUUCUGUUGACUCAUCAAUCCAGCAAGUGGUGGGGAGUGGAGGCCAGAGAGUCAUCACCAUAGUAACUGAUGGAGUCCCUUUGGGUAAUAUCCAAACUGCAAUCCCUACUGGAGCCAUUGGCCAGUCAUUUAUUGUAACUAUGCAAGAUGGACAGCAAGUUCUAACUGUACCUGCUGGUCAGGUUGCAGAAGAGACUGUAAUUGAAGAGGAAGAAGAAGUAGAGAAGUUGCCACUGGCAAAGAAACCAAGGAUAGAAGAAAUGGCAAACAGUGUGGAGGAAGGCAAGGAAGGCAGAGAAAGAGAGUUACUACAGCAGCAACUCCAGGAGGCCAAUCGGAGAGCCCAGGAAUAUCGACACCAGCUCCUAAAGAAAGAGCAGGAAGCAGAACAGUACCGCCUCAAACUGGAGGCUAUGGCCCAGCAGCAGCCCAAUGGAGUUGAGUUCACCAUGGUGGAAGAGGUAGCUGAGGUAGAUGCCGUAGUAGUCACAGAGGGGGAGGUGGAAGAAAGAGAAACACAAGUGUCUAGGUCAGGGGGGACCACAGAGCCUCAUACUGGAGUUUCCAUGGAAACUGUUUCACCUUAACAUAUAAGGGCCACAACUUGCCCUGUGUUCACCUUUUAAGAAGAAAAUACAGAGAACAAACAUUGUAUUAAAAUUAAGGAUGUCCUUAACAAGAAAACUAUAGCAGGGUACAAUGCUUGGGCCCAGGAAAACUGUAUGCAACUGGAAAAUUCGAAGCUGUAUUUAGGGAAUGCUUCUCCUGGGGAGCCAAGAGAGAAUAAGGACCAAGUUUCUUAGCUCACAUUGUUGCUUUAAGCAUACAGGUAAAGGUGAUAGAUGUUGUGCGUUGAUUUUUUUUUUUAAUAACUGACUUUGUAUCAAAAGAUUUUAAGAUAAUAUUCCUAGUGCAUAUACACCAAAAGCCUUUAGUAAUUAUACCAUCAAGUGACCUGAAAAUUUGCCUUAAAUUUAUAAAACUAAUUAGGAGGGAAUUUAGAAGCAAGCUUUGGGGAAGAGGAAAGGAAUAUAUUCCACUUCCAAAGGAGCAGGCACUCCCAUCUAUCCUGAGUUAAUAUCACUAGAAAAAAAAAUUUUUAAUUGCUUGAUAAAUUUGUGUCCAUAGCUCAGAUGCCAGUGUAAGAAAUUGAAACUGCUGGGGAUAUAGAUGUAGCUCAGUGGUAGAAUAGGUCCCUAGCAUGCCCCAAGUCCUGGAUUCAUCCCCAGCACCACAAAAAAAGGAUGAGAAAAAAAGAAUGAAACUGAAAUUGAAUUUUUAAAAACUGGAAAGGAAACUUGUAUGUAUAGAAGUUUACAUAAUACCUGAAUUCCCCAGUCUGUAUUUUGAAUGCUGGUAGGUGGCCUAAAAGAGGCUGGCAGGGUUAUGGAACUCUUGUCUUGGGAUACUAACUUUGCACUGGCUGGAUUUUAUAAAAUUGCAAUCAGGAGGGUAAUCUGUUGUCCAUACAACUUGCUUCCAAACAUUAUUUAUGUAAUAUCAGGCUCAGACUCUUUAAUUUUAUAAAACUUUGUUGAAUUUGUGUCACUUAGGACACAUUUGUUUUUCUGUGGAGCUUAUGUCCUCUUAAGUGCAAAACAAAGGAGGGUGGCAAAGAACAAUGCUGAUGAUGUAUAGUUUGUUUCCAUUUGAUUUAGGAUGAGUCAACUGCUCUGUUUUUGUAAGCCUGGACCUGCUACAGAGCUUUGUGCCUUACAGGUGUUCAGUGUAUGCUGACAAGGGAAUAACUAUCAGUGCCAUAAAUUACGGAACCAAA